CCCCGGGCACUGGCGGAGACCCCGGGUCCCGCCCCGUGUCCCCCCCGGGGGGGAUAGCCCGGGGAGCGGCCCCCUCCUCCAGACAAUGGCCGUCCUGUUCCUGCCGGGUCGCCAUGGAGACGGGAUUCCUCCAUGAUGGGGAACAGGAGGGACAUUCUUCCCUCUCCCCCCGGCCCCCCGCUCCCCUCGCCUCGGGCCUCAGGGUGCCCCACAGGGAUCCCAUCCCAUCCCGCGUGGGGCCGCAGCUCCUCGCCCGGGAUCCCCCCAUGUGGUCGGGAGCGGGUCCCCCCCUCACCCCCUAACCCUUUUUCGGGGGUCACGGGCUGGGUCUCCUCACCUCGUGCUGCAUCCCGCCAGCUCGGAGAUGCCCGAGGGCCGGUGUGGGCAGGGAGUUCUCUGUCCCGAGAGGCCCCCAACACCCCGACAUCCCUCCCAGGGGUUGAGACCCCGACCUGUGACAGGGCUGCCCUCAGCCAUCACUGUCCCUCACUGCCAGCUGCGACACGGCCACCCCUGUGCUGUCCCCACGAAUGACAGUCCCCACCCCUUCGCGGGCUCCAUUCACAUUUUUCACUGACCUAAUUUUGAGCGGUUUCCAAGUGCCCACCCCUGCCCACUCCGGGGGUCCCCGACACAGCAUCGCCCACCCAGCUCAGGCUCAGCCCCUUCGGCAGCCUGGGGACACACGGAGGGACACACGGAGGGGACACACGGAGGGGACACACGGCCUCGCACAGGAGCUCGGCAGCCCCCGGGAAGGGCCAGACACGCGGGACGGUGACCAGGUCCCCUCUGGGUCCCCAAAGGCCGCAGGGCCGGUGCCGCGGAGGGGAGCGGCUCCCCCGUCCCGGCGGCUCUCGGUCCUCAGGAGCUCGGCCCGGCCCCCCGGCCCCUCGGUGUCCCCCCCGCGCGGACAGCCCGGUGACGGAGCCGCUCUCGGGAUGACUCACGAGCGUCACCCGUCGCGCUCCGGCGACACCCACGCCACGCGCGGUGGGGCGGCCACCUGCCCCCCGUGCCUGCCGGGAGCCCCCGGCGCGGCUCCCCCCGGGCUUCCGCGGGCAGGGGUCCCCCGGCGGCGGGGCUGCGGCUGCGUUUGGCCCUCGGGAACGGCAGCGCGGUGUCACCCCGCACCUGGGGCAGGGACUUCACCCCGCGGGCCAGCUCUGGCCACCAGCACCAGCCACCGUUUGGGGGCUCCGGCCCCAGCCCGGCUUGGGGACCGUGGCCGCUCUUCGCGGGGCCGGGGGCUGUGCCCACGCGAGUCCGGGGGCUGGGCGCGGGGGCUGGCUGUGCCUGGCGGGGGUGAGGGGCUGCCUGGGGAGGGGCAGCGGUUCUGCCCCCUCCUCCCCAUCCCUCCAUCCGUCCAUCCCUGCUUCCCUCCUGACCACACCCUCCAUCCCUUCAUCCUUCCCCUUAGCACACCCUCCCUUCAUCCCUCCAUCCCGGUCCCUCCCUCCAUCUCUCCAUCCCGGUCCCUCCCUCCCGGUCCCUCCCGGCAGCUCCGCACCGCGGUGCCGGGCAGGGGCCGGGCAGGAGCCGCCGCCGCCGCCCCCGGCCCGGCCCUGCCGUCCCGGCCGGUGCCUCCCUCUGUCUCCCCCCGCCCCAGGACACUCUCGGGCCGGGACAGACCAUGAGCGAUGACCCAACACCCUGGGACAACGCGACCGAGAGCGCCACGGCGGUGCCCGGCGAGGUGUCCCCUCAGGAUGGGUACGUGCUGCUCCUCGCCCUGCUCUCCAUCUUCAUCGGGGGCACGCUGGUGCUGCUCUCGGGCAUCCUGAUCAUCUGCCGCCGCUGCUGCGAGGCUGACCGCCGGCACUCCAGAGCCAGCGAUGACCCCGAGAAAACCAACACCACUUACCUGGAUGACUCGCAGCAGGCGCAGGACAUCACCGGCAAAGCAGAGGACCCCGAGUGCCUGUCAUCCUCCAGCUACCGGGAUGCUGAGAGCGAGCGGUUCCUGUCCUCCAGCUCCUCCACUGCCCGGCGCGUCUCCUUCAACGAGGCCGCGCUCUUUGACCAGGGCAAGAAGACCCAGGAGAAGGGGAGGAGGUACACCCUGACAGAGGGGGACUUCCACCACCUGAAGAACGCCCGCCUGACUCACCUGCACCUGCCGCCGCCCGCCCUCAAGAUCGUCACCAUCCACGAGUGCGAGUCCAGCGAGAACAGCCUGGCCAUGACCCCUCGCCUGCCCCCGCCCAAGCCCGGUCUCGCCAUCUUCCAGCCCCCCGCGGGGGCCCUGCCCCGACCAGUGCUCCCCAGCCAUGCUGUGGGCCCCAGCUCUGCCCUGCCCGGGGACACCUACAACUCCACCGUGGACACCAGCUUCACAGAGGCCAGCCCCUCUGCCUCCUCCGACUCUGGGGAGGGGCCCUCGUUCACAGCAACACCCAGGAGCGGGAAGGCAGCUGGGACGGGCAGUGCCAGCCCCGGGGAGACCCCCCCGCCCCCCCCCCAGGGCCCCGUCCUGCAGUUCUUCACCCGCCUGCGUCGCCACGCCAGCCUGGACGGGGCCAGCCCCUACUUCAGGAUCAAGAAGUGGAAGCUGGAGAGCACCCAGCGGGCGUCCAGCCUGGACACCAGAGGGUCCCCCAAGCGUCGGCAGUUCCAGAGGCAGCGGGCGGCCAGCGAGAGCAUGGACCAGGAGGACCGGGACCCCCAUCAGACCGACAUCAUCCAGUACAUUGCCCACACGGAUGACGUGGCCUUCCACCCCGCGGGGGGCCCCUUCCUGCCCUCCCCCGCCAGCCCCCCACCCUCUCUCGGCAGGCUAGAGCCGGGCGAGGGGGGCACGGGCAGCCCCGGCGAGCCCGGCGUGCCCGAGCAGCCCAGCGCCUACCACGACAUCUGGAGCCUGCGCGCCUCGCUGGAGCUGUACGCGGCCUCCGAGCGCAGCAACGACCAGGACUCGGUGCGCAGCGAUGGCGGCGACAGCGUCUCCUCCGCCAGCGGCGUGCCCCCCUGUCCCUCCCCUUCCCUGGACGAGGCUGAAGGCCCCGAGGAGAAGUUCUGGGGUCGGCCCAAGCCCGAGGAGUCGGAGCCCGGCACACGGAAGCUGCUGCAGAUGGACAGCGGCUAUGCCUCCAUUGAGGCGCCCAGCCGGGGGGGCGAGGAGGGCCCCCCCAAGGACCAGACGGCCUCCGAGAAGCGCAUUUGCUUCACCAGCGCCGGGCGGAAAGGAACCAUCUUCGAGAGCUUCGAGGGCCGGGAGCCGGAGGAGGAGGAGGAGGAAGAUGAGGAAGAGGACGAGGUGGGGAGCACGACCCUGGGCGCAGCAGGUGGGGGACACCUGCGUCCCCACAGCCCCCUGGCCUGGUCUCCGUAUGGGCAGAUGUUCCCGGGGCGGGAGGGGCUGCCCCGGCGGGACUACAGCAUCGACGAGAAGACGGACGCGCUGUUCAACGCCUUCGUGCGCCACGACCCGCAGUUCGACGAGUCCCCGCUGCGGGGGAAGCACCGCUCCCGCACCCACCUGCGCAAGCAGUGGCAGCACACGAAGCAGUUCAGCGACCCCGGCGUGCGGUACCCGGCGCUGGAGCGGCACCGGACGCCGCUGCGCCGCGGCGACAGCGCCAAUUACCCCCUGGACUCGCGGUUCCACAGCCCCCUGCCCCGCAUCGUCAGCGCCGGCGACGAGGAGGCGGCCGAGGCGGCCGAUGGGAUCCCCCCUGCGCCGGCGCUGCCUGACCCCGAGAUCCAGGUAAUCGUGGAGGAGCCCGGAGAGGCAGCCCCCGAGCCCAAGGCUGGCUCCGAGCCCCCUGAGGACGAUGAUUGCCCCGGCCCCGGGAGGUGCUUGGGGCUGGGCUCCGGCUCGGAGCUGAUGGACAAGAUCGCCGGCGGCCUGGAGGAGCGGCUCUACGGGCACCUGAGGAAGGCGGCAGAGAGAGAGAUCCCCGAGUGCAAGGUGGCCGUGGCUGCCAGCGAUGCCCCCCCCGACCACAGCACGGUCUAGGCCCAGCCUGAGGGGCAGAGACCCCGGCACGGGGGGCUCGGCCCCCACCAGGGUUGGGGGCUCCAUCCCGUCCUGCUGCCGGCGCGGGGUGCCCGGUGCAGGAAGGGUGUCCUGGCCCGGGAAGGCCAGAAGGGCACAUGGGGGCCCCUGGCUGUACCCCCAGCACGGGGGUCCGGUAGCGUGGGGUGGCCGAGCCCCCCGGCUCCCGGCAGCGAGGGCCCGGGCUGGGGGAGCCCCGGGGGUCGGGGCACGGAGGAGAAGCCGAGCAUUGGCCGGGGCUCAGCGCUGGAGGGACUUUGCUGAAGCCCCCGCCCCGCUGAGCCCCCGUGGCUCCUCCGCUCUCCCCUCUCUCUGUGGUUUUACAAGCAAUAAGCCUCUCCUCCGGCCGGGAAUGUCCCUGCCAGGAAGGGGCCGGAGCUGGGUGUCCCCGCCCCGGGGAUGCUGCGGUGCCACCCUGGCCAAGGGGUAGUUUGGGGAGGGGGGAGUCUCCUCCUCAAUCCCCCUCAAGAUCUGCAGGGAGCCUGGGAUCUAAACUGGAAGCAGGGGGCCUGGGCCAGGGGGAUCCUUGAGGGGCUCAAGCACCUCCUGGGGGGCCCCAGAGUGGCAGCCCAAGGGCUGGGGGGGGGCAGGAUCGGCCCUGGGGACCCCCAAAAAACCCCCUGGAGGGGUGGAGGCUGCCUGGUGCCUGCCCCUGGUGCUGCCCCCUGGCACAGGGUUCAGGGUGAGAGCAGAGCGUGGGCUGUGGGUGCCCCCCGGUGCCCCCCACCACCCCAGGAGCUCCGUGGGGGCUCCAGGAUAUUUAUUGAUUUUUACAGAGGCGGUUGCUGCUCCGGGGGUGGGGAUGGGUGUUCGCUUUUUAUUGGGUUUUUAUUUGUGUUCCAAAGGAUGGGUAAAAAAAAAAAAAAAAGAAAAGAAA